ACAACAACACGCCAUAUUUGAUUCAGCACCAGUGUGUUAUGUGAUGUAACGUUAGCAAUUGCUAGCAGACCUAUACUUCGCCUUUCCCGCCUUUAAAGAAAUGGUUAUACAUUUUUAAAAGCCUAUUACUUAUUUUGGCGUGUCCUGUGGAUAUUGGAAUGUAUCGGCGCGGGGGAAGCAAGAAGGAGCAAAACAAUGCGACGAAGGAGCAGAGCGACAGCAGCAAGUACGCGGAGCUGCUGGUGUUCGGCUACGCCUGUAAGCUGUUCCGGGACGAUGAGAGGGCCUUCUACCACGAUCAGGGCAAACACCUUAUCCCAUGGAUGGGGGACAAGAACAUCAUGAUCGAUAGGUAUGAUGGGCGUGGUCAUUUACAUGAUCUUUCGGAAUAUGACGCUGGCUCGUGGAAUCACGACUACCAGCUGUCCGAGGAGGAGGCCAGGAUAGAGGCUCUGUGCGAUGAGGAGAGGUACCUGGCUAUGCACACCGACCUACUAGAAGAAGAGGCCAGGCAAGAGGAAGAGUAUAAAAGACUGAGUGAAGCUUUAGCAGAUGAAGGCACCUACAAUGCCGUGGCCUUCCGUUACAGCGCAGACUACUACGAUCCCUCCCAGCCCACUGAAGAAGACGAGGCCAGCAAAGAAGCAGAUCAAGAGCAGCUGGAGGAAGAGAGUGAAGAGCCGUUUGUGGCUCCUCCUGGUCUCCUUAUCCCUCCGGAUGUAGAGCUGCCUGCGACCACCAAGACUCAUGCUAUUAUCGAGCGCACCGCCAACUUUGUAUGCAAGCAGGGGGCCCAAUUUGAGAUUGUGCUGAAGGCAAAGCAGGCUGGCAACUCCCAGUUUGAUUUCCUGCGGUUCGACCACUACCUGAACCCUUACUACAAGCACAUUCUACGAGCUAUGAAGGAAGGGAGAUACACGCCGGCUUCAGAGGGCAAGCAGGACCAGCAACAGGAAUCAAAGUCAGAUGAAUCAGAUGACGAUGACGACGGGGAUGGGAACUACCUGCACCCGAGCCUGUUUGCACCCAAGAAGUGCUCUCGUCUGGAGGAAAUAAUAAAGCCUCUGCAGGUCAUUGAUCCAGAUCACCCGUUGGCAGCACUCGUUCGGAAAGCCCAACAGCAGAAUAAUGGCACCGCAGCGCUGGUAACUAACGCAGAAGAAGAGCAUCAACCGUCAGCAGUGGCCACACAGGCUGAAUACACCUCUGACC